UCUUCUCUUCUUCUCUUCUUCUCUUCUUUGGCUGGACUUAGUAGAUGCCUUAUCGAUAGCUAGUUAGAAGACAGAAGACAUAAAAGACAGACAAGAGAGAGAUCUCCAUCUCCAUCUUCAUCUUCAUCUCUUUUGUCUAUUCUUACUAGUCACUGCUUCUGCUAGAUGGAGGUCGACGUCACCGCCUCUUCCCAGUCGGCCUCUUAGACUUCUCUUUUAUUCCUACUUCUUCUUCUUCUCUGUCUCUGCAGACUCGAAGAUGCCCAAGGACGACUCCCUGGUCGGUGAUGCUGGCGAUGCUGGCGAUGCUGCUGGCGAUGCUGGCGAUGCUGCUGGCGAUGCUGGCGAUGCUGCUGGCGAUGCUGGUUCAACGACCGACCUGCCAGUCGACGACUCCUCCAAGCUGCGCGCCUUUCUCUCCAUCCUCCGCAAGUAGGUCUACUCUAAGAUAAAGAGAGAGAGAUACUGACUGUGCAGCUUCAUCGGGGUCUCGGACAUCGCUUCGGUGCGCUUCUCCCUGCCGGCACAGCUGCUCGAGCCCAUCCCCAACCUCGGUCAGUCUCUAGUCUCUUCUUCUACUUAUACUACUUCCUUCUACCUAGAUAUACUUACUCUAGCAGAGUACUGGAACUACCUCGACAGGCCAGAGAGCUUUGCCAGGUGAGAUCUCUUCUCUCUACUCUGAUCUGCCAGCUAAGUGAAGUAGCAUAGGAAAGUCGGACGACGAGCUGGGGCGCAUGCUCGAGGUCCUGCGCUUCUGGUUCACCAAGGACCUGAAAUACGUCAAAGGGAAGCCCUGCAAGCCUUACAACUCGGUCUUGGGCGAGUUCUUCAGGUGCAACUGGGAGGUCAAAGACACCGAAGCCGCAGUCUCGCUGCCCGCAGCCAAGUCGGCCUCCAGGGAGUCCAUCGCCCCGUCCAUCGCGUCCACUGCUGCCUCAACUUCUUCAGCCGAAACAGUCAAGAUAUCCUACAUCACGGAGCAGACGUCCCACCACCCCCCCGUCUCCGCUUUCUGGGUCGACUGUCCCCAGCGUGGCAUCACCGCCCGCGGCUUCGACCAGAUCAGCGCCAAGUUCACGGGCACCUCAGUCCGCAUCACCCCGGGCCAGCAUAACCUCGGCAUCUUCAUCACCCUCGCCCGCCGCGACAACGAAGAGUACCGUCUCACCCACCCAGACGCCCAUCUCGGCGGUCUCCUGCGCGGUGCUCUUUCGGUCUCCGUCGCGGAUACUUGCUACGUCACCUGUCCGCGCACCAAGAUAAAGGCUAUCCUGCAGUACCUCGAGGACGGCUGGCUCGGUAAAGCCCAGCAUCGCGUCGUCGGAGCCGUCUUCAGAUACGAUCCUGACAACGACUGCGUGGCUCGUAUCAAGGAUAUCCCUGCUCCACAUCUACUGGCUGAGAUUUCAGGAUCAUGGCAUGAACGGAUAUAUUUUAACUUGCCUUCUAAUCCGAAGGAUAAACAGCUGCUCAUCGACGUCACGCCGCUCUUCCCCGCGGCCAAAAUCACACCGCCGCCAGAGAAGCAGUUGGCGUAUGAGUCCCGGCGGCUCUGGGCUGAUAUCACUGCCGCCAUUCACGCGAAACAGUACUCCCUUGCAACCAGGCUGAAACACGAGCUCGAAGAGUCCCAGCGCUCCAAGGCCGCCUUGCGCAGGGAGAAUAAGCACGAGUGGACGCCGAGGUUUUUCGCUGUUGCUGACCAGCAUAUCCAGCCUGGCAGACCGCAUCUUACAGAUGAUGGUCGGAAGGCUCUGGAUAAUCUGCAUCGUGAUGUGUUUGACCUCGAUGAGAAGCUGACUUCUUCGGGCGAGUUUGAUUACUCUACUUCUUCUUAACUUCGACUUCGACUUAUCCUUUUUAAUCCGGGCUCGGGCGCAGGUUCGCUUCACUUAUCUGCCUACUACUUGCUAUCUUGCUAUCUAUAUAGUUGUCGUGUUGUCGGUGCAUUGUUCAGGUUGCAUUACAGUUCCAGCUAUAAAAGUUCGUUCAUUUAAGUUAUAGUUCUCGUUGAUGCGGCUGAAGAGCCGCCUGGCCCGGCCCGUCCAUCAAAAAAAACCUUCAUCCUCC